AUGAGGUUUGAGAAGAAGGGUAAAUUGAACCCUAGGUACACUAGGCCAUUCAAGAUUCUGGAGAGAAUUGGUCCAGUUGCCUAUAGAGUGGCAUUACCCCUAACCUUGUCUAGGGUUCAUGAUGUUUUUCACAUGUCGGUGUUGAGGAAGUACAUCCCAGAUCUUUCGCACGUGAUAAGCUAUGAAUUCUUGGAAGUCGGAGAUACCCUAUCCAAUAAGGAGAUACCAAUUCAGAUUUUGGAUCGGAAAAUACAAGAACUGUGUACUAAGGAAAUACCGUUAGUGAAGGUACUUUGGCGUAAUCAUGCAGGGGAGGAUGCUUCAUGGGAAUUAGAGACAGAAAUACAUCAAAAGUACCCACAUAUUUUCAGAGAGGCUCAGCGCUACACAGGUCUGUGUAACAGCACAGUUGAGAGCCGGGUUUUAUAUGACGGCUGA